AUGUCCGACUCUGCAGCUAGCAUAUUGCCGCAAGGAGCAGGAUAUGGAGUCGGGAUUGGGUUGUUCUUCAGCGCGUUCAUGCUGGUCCUAACCGCGAUCCAGACGCGAUACACUGGAUUCUCGCCCAAGAAUGCGGAAGAGUUCAGUAGCGCGUCCAGAAGCGUGAAGCCGGGUCUGAUCGCGUCCGGAAUUGUAUCCGCGUGGACAUGGGCAGCAACUUUGCUGCAAUCUAGUGCGGUCGCCUACAAGUACGGCAUAUCGGGGCCAUGGUGGUACGGGGCAGGCGCGACAGUCCAAGUGUUGCUGUUCGCUAUGCUCGCCGCUAAAUUGAAAUUGAACGCGCCCCACGCGCACACCUGGCUUGAGAUUGUCGCAGCCAGGUGGGGGACGGUUGCACACUCGGUCUUCAUGUUCUUCGGGUUGGCCACGAACAUCAUAGUUUCCUCCAUGUUAAUUCUCGGAGGUUCCGCUACUGUGACGGACCUUACCGGUAUGAACACGAUUGCCGCGUGUUUCCUCAUUCCACUGGGCGUGUGUAUCUAUGUAGUAGUAGGUGGGAUGCGUUCCACCCUUCUAUGUGACUACACGCACACGACCGUCCUCUUCGCGAUCAUCCUCACCUUCCUGUUCACCGUAUACGCCACCUCCCCCAAAAUUGGCAGCUUUUCCAAGAUGCACGACCUGCUCGCUGCCGCAGCGGAGAAGGCCCCCGUAGCAGGCAACGCGCACGGCUCGUACCUCACCAUGCGGUCGAAGAACGGAUUGAUCUUCGGGGUCAUUAAUUUGAUUGGAAACUUCGCCACCGUGUUCCAGGACCAGGCCUACUGGCAGCGGGCUAUUGCUAGCAAGCCCUCGACGUGCGUCAAGGCCUACCUGCUAGGCGGUAUCGCAUGGUUUGCGAUCCCUUUCGCGUUCGCCACAACCCUUGGGCUGGCCGCGAGAGCACUCACCGGAGACCCUGAUAUGCAGACACUCACGCCCGCGGAUGUGUCUGCAGGUCUCCCCGCUUCGGCAGCCGCAGCUGCCCUCCUUCACAAGGGAGGUGCAGCCGCACUCCUCGUCCUUCUCUUCUUGGCCGUCACAUCUGCCACAUCUGCCGAGCUCAUCGCCGUGUCCUCGAUCCUUACAUAUGAUGUCUACAAGAGGUACAUCAACCCCCGCGCGAACGAGCAGCAGAUUCUGAGGAUGAACCACCUCAUGGUCGCCUUCUUCGCCAUCGUCAUGGGUCUCGCCGGGACUAUAUUCUACUAUAUCGGUGUAUCUAUGGGCUGGCUAUACACUUUUAUGGGUGUCAUCCUCGGCUCGGCAGUAGUACCAAUUGCUAUCUGCGUGACCUGGAGCAAGGCGAAUAAAUGGGGCUCCAUAAUUGGCGCUCUGGUUGGAUUUGCUUGUGGUGUCAUGUCAUGGCUCGUGGUUACUUCGAGUCUGAAUGGCAAGGUCAUCAAUGUCACGGUAAGCGACUAUGAGAUGCUCACCGGAAACCUGGCGUCUAUCGGUGUGGGCGGCAUCAUUGCAGUCGUCACGUCAUUAAUAUGGCCGGAGAACUUCAACUUCGAUGCCACCAGGGCGAUCAACGCCAAAGUGCACGAAAAGGAUACACGGCACGGCUCCGAGGCCAGCAACAGGCAAACAGAGGAGAGCCUGGACGGGCUGGACGAGAAAAAGCGGCAGGAAUCGUCGGCGUCCGAUGACGUGCGGUCCGUCUCAUCAGACGCUGCCGCGAUGGAAGAGGAGCUGGAGCUGGACCCUGUGGGACUGAAGAAGGCGUUUAGGUUCGCUUCUUGGUCUUCUGUUGCCCUGACACUCAUCCUCCUCAUCCUCAUCCCUCUGCCGCUGUUCUUCGCGCAGACGGUGUACGGCGUGCGCGGGCUGGCUGCGUGGGUGACUAUCGGGAUCAUCUGGUGUUUCCUGUCGGCGAUAUCGGUUGUGCUGUACCCGCUCUGGGAGAGCAGGCGGGCGCUGACGCAGAUCGCGCGCGGGAUGGUCAAGGAUAUCUUCAAGCCGGGAAGUGGCAAGUACGUGCCGCCUGCCGUAACGACAUCUUCCGCGUGA